AUGGGCACAGUGGAGCUGUCACAUCAUUCCAGUGUUGUCAUGGCAAAUAACUUAGCUCCAAAGCGAGAGGUUCUAGGAGUUUUUACAGUUUCGUGCACCAUUAGGAUGUACUUAUUUAACAAAGCAUUGUGUGACCACGGGGCAAGUAUGAACUUGAUGCCCCUUGUGAUUUUCAAGAAGUUAUGUCUUGUAACUCCUAAACCCACUUCAAUGAGGUUUCUAAUGGUUGACCUCUUUAUAAAGUUGGUGGGGAUUCUCUUUAACAUCUUGGUCAAAGUCAACAAAUCCAUCAUUCUCUCGACUGAAUUUGUUGUGUUGGAUUGUGAUGUCGAUAUUGAGGUGCCUAUAAUAUUAGACCAAUCGUUCCUUGUCACUGAGCGUGCUUUUAUAGAUGUAGAUCUAGGAGAACUCAAGUUUAGAGUUGGGAAUGAUGAAGUGACAUUUGAUGUGUGCAAACUGAUAAAACCACAAGAUAAGUGUAGGAUGGUGUCAGUAAUUGAAUCCAUGAACAAGUUGGUUGAAGGUUCAUGUGAGGAAGUUGUACCCCCAGACAUUGGUAGAAAAAUGAGGGUUGUGAGGAGAUACUAA